GAUUAGUAAAAAAAAAUACCAACAACAACAAACGGACGGGCUUUGAUUUUGAUUUCCAUUGUAAAAUAAAUUCUGUUAUCAACGCCGUUGUUUGUAAUUUUAAAUUUAUUGAAGUGAGAAGUGUGUCUAGCAAUUGACGAUACCUUUAAGGUGUAAAGAAAAACAUUACAUUCACAAGAAUCUAAAAUUAGAUUCAUGGAUUCUGCGCGUCGCAAAUAGAAAGAAGAAAAUGCCAAAAAUACCGUAUAAACCCGAAAAAACUCGGGAAGACGAUGAGGAUUACGAGAUUGUGUCUUUUGAAGACUUUUGUGACAAGUCUCCUGGGUCGAAAACAGAUUUAUUGACUUUGAAUGACAAUAUAAAUUAUCGUCUUUGUUACGAGAGUGAUAAGGGCUCUAAAUUAGCGGAAACUGAGGGUGAAAGCUCGAGAAGUGCUGACAGACACACGGAGACUUCGCUAAAUGGACCAAAGGGAGUUACUUUUAAGAGGAGGCUGUCGAACUCGUUCGCUCCUUUUGGGCGGUACAAUGGCAAGGGUGGUAGGGCUCCGCUCUUCAGUGGGGUGAUCCCUAAGCCGAAGAACGAGGGCGAGUCUGGUGCUAGAGAGCAUAGAUACCAGCGCUUCUCGGAGCAGCGCAACAUAUUCCAGCGCGCGUGGGAGCAGCUGCCAGGGCUGGGCUCGGGCAUGCUGGGCGUGGCGCUGGUGUGCGCGCUGUGCGUGGCCGCCUGGUGGGCCGUGGGCGGCGCCGUCGGCGGCACUUGGGGAGAGGAGCACUACAGAAAACUAUGGGAAAAGACACAUCCUGAUGCCAUAAAGAAACCUCUAUCACCGAUGCCAUAUGAGAAGUUUCCAAUCCAGCAAGCCCCAGAAUAUAGAUACCAUGAUCAUAAUAACUUGAGUACGAAGAAUAAAAGCAACGCUACUGAACGUAAGAAGACAGAACUUAAUAAGAAGAACGUGUAUCCGGAGAGGACGGUUGAAGUGUUGCAAGAUAUGUGCUCGAAGGUGGAAGAAGUUAUGAAGUUUGAUUGCUUUCCACAAGGCACUGCUAAUGAAAAGGAUUGUGUUAAACGAGGAUGCUGUUGGAAAUCAACAGACACUCAAGGCGUGCCAUACUGUUACUAUCCCUCGCACUACGAUUCCUUCCGUUUUCUCAAUAUGACAGAAGAUAAGCACGGUAUGAACGUGUACAUGGAGAAAGUGCGGCCUUCAGGAUAUCCGGGUGACUUUGAAGUCGCUAGAAUGGACUUCAAGUAUUUGUCUGAUGAUGCGCUGCAGAUUAAGAUCUACGACGCGGAACACAAACGCUUUGAACCGAUGCAGCCGGAAAUAGCGAUGGUGUCCAAACCGCUGUCUAAGAAGAAGUAUAGGGUGCAAGUGGACGGCUCGCUUAUCGGGUUCAAAGUUAUCAGGAACUCGGAUAAUGUUACUAUCGUAAACACCCAAGACAUAGGCGGUCUGAUUCUCUCCGACAAGUUCCUGCAGAUAUCGGCGACAUUAGCCACGAGCCACGUGUUCGGUCUGGGCGAGAAGCGAGCGCGGUUCAUGAACGAUCUCAACUGGAAUACAUUCGCCUUGUUCAACAGAGAUAGAGUUCCUAAUGAAGGGAUGAACUUAUACGGCACCCAGCCGUUCUACCUGGCGGUGGAACACGACGGCAACAGUCACGGGAUGCUUCUCCUCAAUUCUAACGCUAUGGACAUAGUACUACAGCCAACCCCAGGUAUAACAUACAGAACGACGGGCGGUAUCCUCAACUUCUUCGUGUUCCUGGGUCCGUCUCCCAAGGAGGUGGUGGCUCAGUACACCGAGCUGGUGGGAAGACCAUUCAUGCCGCCAUAUUGGUCUCUUGGAUUCCAUUUGUGCAGGUUUAAUUACAACUCAGUGAAUGCUACUCGGCAGGUGUGGAAAUCAAACAGGGAUGCUGGGAUACCAUUUGAUGUACAAUGGAACGACAUAGAUUAUAUGCACGAUCACAAUGACUUCACGUACGACACUGAACGCUUCGCCGGCUUGCCCGAGUUCGUGAAGGAAGUACAUUCAGAGGGCAUGCACUAUAUGAUUAUUAUUGACCCCGGUGUAGGUGCGUCAGAAAAACCCGGCACAUAUCCGCCUUACGACCGAGGAGUUGAAAUGGACAUAUUUGUCAAAAACAACACCAAUCAGAUUCUUGUUGGACAGGUUUGGAACACUGGUUUCACAGUAUUCCCAGACUUCACUCAUCCGAAUUCUAGCAGCUAUUGGUUGGAGAUGAUGUCUAAUUUCCAUAAACAAGUUCCUUAUGAUGGAGCGUGGAUUGACAUGAACGAACCCUCAAACUUCCGCGACGGAGCAGCAAUCGGCUCCUGUGCUCCUGAGAACCUGCCGUACAUGCCACACACACACGACACAGAGCUGCGUACACACACACUGUGCAUGGACGCCCGACACUACGCCGGCCAGCACUACGACGUACACAACUUGUACUCGCUCACUGAAGCCGUCGCUACUUACUUUUCGCUAGCAGAGAUCCGAGGCAAGCGUCCGUUCAUAAUAACUCGUUCGACGUUCGUGGGCAUGGGCAAGUACGCGGGGCACUGGAGCGGAGACAUCGCCAGCGAGUGGCAUGAUAUGAAGAGCACUAUACCCGAACUGCUAAGCUUCAGCCUGUUCGGCAUACCGAUGAUGGGUGCUGACAUCUGCGGCUUCCGAGGAGACACGACAGUGGAGCUGUGCAAGCGAUGGAUGCAGCUCGGAGCCUUCUAUCCCUUCUCUAGGAACCAUAACUCUGAUACUUCUAAGCCGCAAGACCCAGUAUCCCUGGGCCCCGAGGUGGUGGAAGCCAGCAGGUCAGCGCUGCGGCUGCGGUACUCGCUGCUGCCGUACUACUACACGCUGUUCUGGCGAGCGCAUGUCGCGGGGGACACUGUCGUCAGGCCGCUGUUCUUUGAAGCCCCCGAACAAACUAACCUACACGAAAUCGACACGCAAUUCAUGAUCGGACCCUACGUGAUGGUGGCUCCUAUCCUGGAGCCCGGCGCCGCCUUCACCCGCGCCGCGCUGCCCGCGCCGCACGCGUGGUACAACAUCCGCGACGGACACUUCCUAGCUAGCGACAAGUCCAUGCAGUUGACGGAGAACGAGACUGUGGCCGUUAAGGGCGGCGGUAUAAUCCCAAUGCAAGAACCACCACUACAAGGUCCGGUAACUACGACAAACACUCGAAGCUCCCCGCUGCAGCUGCUAGUGGCGCCCGACAGGGACAACCGCGCGCAAGGAGAACUGUACUGGGAUGAUGGCGAUAGUCUUAACACAUACGAAGAACAAAAAUACAGCCACAUAGAAUUCUCUCUCAACAAUACGGAAAUACGCAGCAAUGUACAAUGGUGGGGGUAUGGCGUACCCUCCCUCAACAGAGUCACAGUCCUCAACCAGCCCCCGAUCAAGAUGGUCGCUAUCAACGACCAGCCUUGUGUCAAACCAUGCCAGUUUACCUACAAUUCACAAUCCAAAGUACUUCAGGGCUGCGAUACCUGUGGGUCAAAGAAUUGUGACAGACAUGACUCGAGCGUGUCAGCAGAGCCUUGGGUUGGGCUCCAAAUACAUAAACAAUUGGAUCAAGCGAUAGAAGAUUUCUACAACACAAUACUGGACCAGUUCAUAAACUCGUGGUACGGCAAGGUGACUCUGCAGCCGUUCUUCGUGGACGAGCUGCGGUAUCAGCUGCGAUAUGCCUCCGCCUGCCUCUUGCAGAGAGCUGUCAAGAUAAACUACGCGCAAUUCAUAACAUCCCGCCUCAUCCCGUGCGCUCUCCGACACUACUCCGUGUGCGCGACCCGAGUCGCCGCGCCGCUCGACCACAAGCUGGCGCUACAUCCCGCAGCCGCUAACAGAAAUGCGGAGUUGAAGUAUUUGAGAUGUAUUACUAACGCGAUAAUGCCGUAUUUGUUGAAGAAUAAUGAGUUGAAUAAUUCUGUGUUCCGCGUGCUAAUAAGAGAGAUAUUCGCUGGGUGGGUGCUGCUAUCUCUAACAGAUGUGCUAGCGGACCCGUAUAUACUGAACACUCUCAUUGUGCUCGCUACGGGGGAUGAGACCAUGGCACAGUUGCCUACUACGCCUAAUUAUAAGGUAGAAUUCCUGGAAACCUUCGUCCGACAAACAGAAUCAAUGUAUAGUCAGCGCUGCAAACUGCUGCGAGUGGAGCUGGAUGCCGUGAUCAGCGACCAGGAACUGCUGUAUGCCUUCAUGCAGUACAUGAAGACUGGCGGACAACUGCAUCUGUUGCAGUUCUAUAAUGAUAUUAAAUCGUUCCAAACAAAAAUCCUGAACCCCGACUUGAACAGUUCCGAGGAGGAAUCUCUACAUCGUGCUGCCAAAGCCAUGUAUACUACGUACCUCUGUGAUGGAGUACCGCUGCCGAUCUUCGGAGAACUGGCUGAGGAGUUAGAACAACUGCUUAAGCAGGAGCAUAGCAUUAACAAAUUUCAAACCAGCCGAGCACUGUAUCAAGCCGCGAGACAAUCUCACGCCGUGUUAGAAAAAUUGUGGCUGCCUAAGUUUUUACAUAGUGAAGAGUUCUACAAAUUGCUUAUAGGCAGUAGAAUACCUACGGGCUACCAGAAACAGAUGGUCAAAAAACCCCACGACAAACUACUAAACACAGCUUUAAAGCUAGGCCAUCGAUUAAAAGGCGCAUUAAGACCUCAAGCGGUAGACGGACAAGUGUUGGACUGUUACACUAAUUGUGACGAAUCGGAAGGUGACGGAGUGGACAAUAUGGAUAUAUUGAAGUAUUUAGAUAAUUUAGCUAUCGAAGAGUCGCUGAGGGGGCAAGAUUUGAGCACUUAUAAGGUGGUGCUGACUAAUGUGGAGACUAAAUUGCAAGUGCCACCCCGUCGCGGCGUGGUCCGUGUGUUCACCCUCGCAGUGCACUGUACGGGCGGCCCGGCCGGCGCGGGCGCAGCGCUGUGGAGCGUGCUCCGCAGCGAGCACGACUUCCACCUGCUCCGGAGCAAGCUGCACGAGUUCCACGGAGACAGGCUGCUGCUCGACCUGCCGCUGCCCUCCAGGAGAGACAACAGUCCCCUAGAAACCCUACGCUACAAAUACGAGGACUUUAUCCAAAGACUUCUCCAAAAAAGCCUUCUCCAGACCAGUGAGCUUCUCCGGAUAUUCCUCACGGAAGACGGAGACUUCUCCAUGGUGGUCCAAGCUUCGACCCUGAAUGCUACGAGUACGGACUUGGGGAAUAUAUAUCAGAGUGUAGCUCAUAGGUUGAGGAAGGAAAAAGGACAGCACUUGGAGAGCUUUCUCAGGAAUUUGUUGGUGUCUUCUGAUAUUGAGCGGUAUCAGGCUUUAAAGCAAGGCACAACCCGCGACGUAGAAGAAGCACAAGAGAUGAGCGAAGACAUCGCCGAGCCUCACACCGCGCGGCAGCCGCGGACACGGAAUAUACUCGCGUCUGUGUUCCAUAAUAACUUCGAUGUGGAACCCACUGUGGUGAGGGGGGAGGGCGGGUAUCAGGAGUGUGUGGUCGGGUUCUCACAGUGUGCUAUGUAUUUGUUACUAAAAGUGAUCCGCAUACGCUCCCUGUUCGCGAACGUGGCCGGCACAAUAAUAUCUGUCACUAAACAACUACUAGACUCGGCCUUCAACUGCGUGUUGAACAGAACACUCGUCAAACUGCUGUCAGAGAGACGAUUAGCGCAUCUUAUUAGGUUAGGACAUGGACUGUUAUUCGGCAGAAGAGCAUCAACGCCGCGCACCGACCCCAUAGCCUUACGCUCGCAAGCCCGCAAACAGCUACUGGGCACAGUCCCGCCGUACGUGUCACUAGUCGCUAGUGCUCGCCUCCCGGCCGCACUCGCUACUGCCUUCGAUAUUAUACAGACGCCGCAGCUUAAUAAGCAGUUGGUCUACAAUCUACUGGAUCUAUGCGUAAUGGAGUUGUUCCCGGAGCUGGGCGCCAUAGACAACUCCCCAUCAAAACUACCAAAGAGUUGAGGACUAAAAAGUAUCCAUACCGGCAAUACAUAAUUUAUUUUAUAAAUAAAACUUCAGCUAGGCUAUUUUAUUUUUGUAAAUCGCCAACGCACGGUUGUCUUGUUUGAUGUUUAGUUAAUUUAUACGCAACUUAUUAUGUAAUUGUAAAUACUGUACUGUAUGAUAACAAAUCUAUUUUUAUAAUAUUAGUUAUUGAAGCAAUAUUCGUUCACUUGACCCUUCGAGGUUGUAAUCGAAAAGACCACAGAGUAUUUUGAAAUGUUUUCAGUGUAGAAACGAAACACGUGAAAUAAAUUAUUUUGAUAUUUUAAA